AUGAAAGAGAUUUUGUCAACAAAGGAUUCUGAUAAUAAAGUUGAGCGCACCUGGGGUGACUGCACAGUGCAGAAGAAGUACUCUCACGUGGAUCUGGUUGUCAUGGUGGAUGGAUAUGAGGGAGAGAAAGGUGCCAUCAUUGCAGGAAGCAGAGGAUAUUUCUUAAAGGUUAUUGGGAAGGGCAGUGAGCAUUCAGAUGAUACAUCAGUGGAUGAGAAGUAUUUGAUUGCCACUUCAGAACAGCCCAUAGCAGCCUUCUUGAGAGAUGAGUGGCUUAAGCCGGAGGACCUGCCCAUCCGUUAUGCUGGCAUUUCUACCUGCUUCAGACAGGAAGUGGGUUCCCAUGGCCAAGAUACACGUGGCAUCUUUAGGGUUCACCAGUUUGAAAAGAUUGAACAGUUUGUGUAUGCCUCUCCUCAUAACAACAAGUCAUGGGAGAUGUUUGAUGAGAUGAUCACAACUGCAGAAGAUUUCUACCAGUCACUUGGAAUACCCUACCGCAUUGUUAACAUUGUCUCUGGCUCUUUGAACCAUGCAGCCAGUAAGAAGCUGGACUUGGAGGCAUGGUUCCCAGUCUCUCAGGCUUUUAGGGAGCUGGUGUCCUGCUCCAACUGCACCGACUAUCAAGCUCGCCGCUUACGCAUACACUAUGGUCAGACAAAGAAGAUGAUGGAUAAGGCUGAGUUUGUGCACAUGCUCAAUGCAACCAUGUGUGCUACUACACGUGCAAUAUGUGCCAUUCUGGAAAACUACCAGACUGCAGAGGGCGUAACCAUUCCAGAGCCACUCAGGGAGUUCAUGCCUCCAGAUUUGUAA